AUGUUUCAUGUGCACUUGGGGAAUAAAAAAUCCAGAUCAAAUUACCAAGUUAAGGAGUUAACACCGGCAAAUGGCCAGCUAGACAUGCAUGGGCUUGGUGGGCUACUUCCCUUGGGCCCAGCAAAGCCCACAUGGGGCAGAACCGGAGGCACACUUGAGUCGAUAGUCCACCAAGCCACAUGCCACACACAUGAUCCCAAUGUGACACAUCAUGGACACGGACAGACGCCAGCCACCAUAGGCUCCAACAUUGUUGGACCCUUAAUUGGCAAAUGGGCCGAGAACUCCGGCCAGGCACCGCCGCCAACGUUAGUGAUGAGAAAGCGGAGCCGAUCGGAUUCCGACUAUGGGGGGAGGAAUUUGAGUAGCAGCAGUAGUAUGCAGGAAGAGCAUGGUGGGCCUAGUGCUAGUGCUAGUGCAACAUUUUGUAGGGAAAGUGACACAACUAUGAUGACAUGGGCUUCAUUUGAGUCUCCCCACAACUUGAAGAACAAAACUAAUGAUGAAGAUUUUAUCUCUCAUAGUGACAUGGAAAACCAUGAUGAAGACCAAGAGACCAAAUCAGGGCGCUCCAAUUCAACAAGAAGGAGUCGAGCUGCUGCUACUCAUAACCAAUCAGAAAGGAAGAGGAGAGAUAGGAUUAAUCAGAAGAUGAAAGCACUGCAAAAGUUGGUGCCAAAUGCAUGUAAGACUGAUAAGGCUUCAAUGCUUGAUGAGGUGAUCGAGUAUUUGAAGCAGCUCCAAGCACAAGUCCAAAUGAUGAAUAAUGUGAGGAACAUGGCACCACCAUCACAGCCGCAGAUGAUGAUAUCUUUAGGAAUGCAACAGCAGCUGCAGAUGUCGCUGCUCGCGCGGAUGGAGAUGGCGAUGGGCAUGGGAAUGCUCGACAUGAGCUCUAUGGCAAGAGCUGCUCCUCAGUCGCUCCUGCCACCUCUCAUCCAUCCUAAUCUGUUUGCUGCCGCUGUUGCUAAUGCUGGUGGUGGUCCCACAUUUGCUCCGCAGCCUUUCAUGGUGCCCCACAUGGUUCCUGCUCAAGCCAAGCCUAACCCUGCAGCGGCCUCUAGCACUUGUGCUCCUUCGGUCCCUUUGCCUGAUCCUUAUUGCGCUCUUCUAGCACAAUCAAUGAAUAUGGAACUUUACAACAAGAUGGCGGCCUUAUACAGCCAGAGAAUCAACCAGACGACACAGGCGACAAGCAGUCCAUCUCGGUCGAGUCAUGUGCAACAGGAUUAAGAAGCACUUAUUAUAUUGUUUGAGGACAAGAAGCAAAAAGGGACGGAUUUGAAG